GCCGGAUACUUUGACACGUUUGUGGAUUCGCCCUGUCUGCUUUCCAGCGUCCUCCUCCUCCUCCUUCUCCUCCUCCCAAUCGCACACCGCGACGCCGCAAAACGCAAGCUGUCGGCCACUGGUUCGUUCAGCGAUUCGGCAGGGGCUCCUGCUCCAACAGCCAUGACUGCCACUGCGGUUCCAGCGCCGCAACACACGGGUCUGGUCCGACAGCACGUCGCCCAGCUGUCGCUGCUCGUCCGCCAGCACUUGCUCAACUACGAGUUUGACCGAGCCGCUGCUGUGCUUGUUGUUCUCGCGAGACGCAGCACUGCCAUUCCCGAGUUUGUAUGGAAGACCGCGAUUCAAGUCAUGAGCCAGUAUCCAGGACAAGACACUGCCUGCUUGCGUAUCUUCCGAUUGUUUCUAGGACUUACUGCAUCAAAGGACUCGGUGGAGCGACCCACGCUUGUCCUCGAACUGGCCUUCUUUCUCUGCAAAUGCGGCGACUUUCGCGAAGCUUAUUCCACGCUACUGGGAUAUCUGCACACCGAGCCAUACCAUUCGAGCGCCGUGUUUCAUGGAUACUGUGGACUCUUCUCCUACAUGAUCUGGGAGCAAGAGCUUGCAAGUCAACUCAACCUUGCCGGUGCACUGCAUGUCACCCAGCGCUCGCGAUCUGCGCACGCCAACGCUGUCACUCACUUUGAGCGCAGCUUCACCCUGGAUCCGAGCAUUGUGCUGUUCGCCGUUCGAUAUGCUCAACUCCUCGAGUACGACUCAAAGUACGAUCUAGCCGAGGCAGCGCUGCAUCGAUGUUUCGAGUCCAACCCCGAGAACAUUGACGCCGUUCUGAACUUUUACAUGUUUACAACUCGAAGGCAGCCAGAGCGGUAUGCGUCUCGCUUUCAACUGUUGCAGAUUGUGCUGCGAUUGGACGCGACUUGUCCAGUUCUGUGGGAUGCCGUGACGCUCUAUGAACAAAAUCCAACCCAACGAGACUUUUUAAAGCUAGCGCUGAGCGUCGUGACAACGCGACUGGAUUAUCCAGCCCAUAAAGAUGACAUUCUAGCCUGGAGAACCCUGGUCGAUUUGAUACCGCGGUACAACUCUGGAUGCAAACCAUCCAAGUCAAUAGCAACAACAAGAUUAUGGAUUGAGCGACAAAGCUGGUGGCCUGGAUUGCAUUUCUCUCGGCAGCGCUUUGAAUCUGAUUCGACCGUGCAAGAUGAUCGACAGCGCCAUUUGCUGCUUUUAAAGGCGGUGGCUGCGUUGCAUUUGAGCGGCCCGGCUUGCUCGUAUGCGCAACAGGCUCUUUCGGUGCUCGAGGGCUACCCAGGGUUUGAUCCUUCUCAGCAAACCCUGCGACAGACCUUGCGAGUAGGCAUUCAUGAAUGGGAGACAUUGCCGGCGGCCGAAACUCAGAGUGGGGAGGAAGGCGCUCAGGCGGACGUGCCGACCGAGACUGCGUUUCAAAGUGACGGCACCUCUGUUGCUUCGAGCUGGCAGCCUUCUUCUGACGACGAGACAGAGUUUCCCUUGCCCACCAGCGCGCACACCCAGCAUGCUUCGACCGACGCACACAAUGAAGGGUCAGCGUCGGCACCCAUCGCAGACGAUUCCUCAACGCAUGAUGCAACAGAAUCAGCUGCUGCGUUGGCCCCGGAGUAUGAUCAGCAUGGAGCGGAUCACAAUCCUACAACAGUGAAACGACGGAGACCUCGACUCGAUUUGUCGCGUGCCGCAUCUUCAUCUGCUCGCGGAGGAUUGUCCAACGCUUUUGUGCAAUCGCUUCGUGCCUCGUUUGGCGUCCAUCCCAACGUUGGAUCUCGCGCCCAGCGGAAAGCGCGAGGUCGAGCGAAAAAGUACCCAUAGCAGCACAGGCCUUCAACCGUUGUAUUCUGAGUUUCUCGUGCUCGAUCUACCUAUUUGCAACCGUUAAUGUAUUCAUCUCUGUCG